AACAAUUAAAACAUCUAAAACGACGCCAUCUUUUUGACCAAGUUUUAUUCGAACGCUUCAGUGAAUAUAAUUCAAAAAAAUGACGUUACAAAGGUUUUAUGUAUGGCUAAACAUCAGUAUUGAUAGUUUUAAAAAAUGUUUAUUAUAGAUCCCUUUUUUGAGAUUUUUAUUGAAAGUAAAAUAAUCAAAGUUAUAUUGAAAUUCCGCUUGCAUGAUUGAGCACUCAUUAUUUCGAAUGCCCAAGUGUGGGAUAAUACCAAAUCAGGGUGAAAAUGAACAACAAAUGGCGACAGUAUGCUAAAUUAACGUUCGCCUCUUUGAUAUACUUCUGCCAAGGUGCUACAAUAGCUGCAGUUGCGCCUGUCGUCUCAAUCGUCUCUGAAGAGGAUCGAGGGAUACCUGCCUAUUUCACAGGGGUCAUUGUGGGUCAAGAUGACGUCGCUAUUUUCUUCUCCAGUCUCCUCUUAUUUCCUUAUUUGAUCAAUUCUAGUAAUUACCUUAAAUAUUUUAUUGUGGGCUGUAUCGGGAGCAUAUUAUGUAAUGCGGUGUUCGCGUUUACGUACAAAGUAGAAGAUGAUGUAGUCUAUGUGAACAUGUGUUUGUUCAUUCGGCUAAUUGAGGGAUGUGCCUUCUCUUCAUCUUGGAUUUCAGGUUUGCCACUGCUGAUGGAAUACAUCCCCAACAGAGAGGCGGUGGUUAGUGGCAUCACAGAACUGGGUGUGGUCAUGGGAGUGGUACUUGGACCCAGCAUCAGCAUCGGACUCUACUUCCUAGCAGGAUACGCCUACCCUUUCGUCUUCAUCGCCUCCCUUCAAACAGUGGCCCUCAUAGGCUUCUUCCUUGUCCCCUCCCCCGCUGCUUUGAAAGAGGGGGAGGGGGAGGUUGUGGUUGAGGUCGAGAAGAGUGGUGUGGACGCCUUUUUGAAAUAUUACUUCAGUGGGCCUGUGCAGCUGUUGACGUUGACUAUGUUGGCUGCCACUUCUAUGAUUGGCUACACCGAGACAGUAUUGUCAGUUGAGUUCCACGAAUACAUGGACAUGUCGGACUUCGAAACGACAGUCCUGCUAUCAGUUGUCGGACUAGCUUAUCUCUUCACAGUGCCAGUGGCCACUUAUUACGCCGACAGACACAACUUCAUCCCAGUUCCCAUCGGAGGAUUCGCUCUUGCAUCUUCCCUACUCCUCCUCGGAACAAUCACACGCUCGGAACCCUUUGAGAAGAACUUCGAAAUGUACGCGUUUCUCCUUCUAAUAGCCGGAGGCUCCGCGAUGACAUGCAUUACUCCGACGUUUGCGCUUUUAUACUUCGAUUGCACCCGAAAAGGCGUGACCCCUAUUGGGACGCUUAUCUCCGGCGUCCUCAACGCCCAGUUUGCCUUUGGGGGGACAAUAGGUCCUGUUAUUUUUGGGGGGAUUCUUUACGAAACUGUGGAGUUUCAUAUUAGCUGCAUUUGUUUGGGUCUGUAUAUUUCAGUAUCGACUGCAUUUUCGUUUCAUUACAUGUGGAAAGAAGGCUUACUCAAGUCUUCGUGUGAUUGUCCGAGACACAAAAAAGCGCCGAAUGAAAACACAACUCUAGUCGAAAAGCCUAAAAGCGACGAAAGUGAAAAGGAAGCGGGUUGAAUAUUGUAUAAUUUAUUGAAAUUGAAAU